AUGUCCGCUAUAUCUGCUGCUGAGGGAGAUGGUCAAUUACCGCCGGAACCUCCCACGGUAACCAUUGAUAUGUCUGAACCCCCCGAGGAGCACUUCAAACCAGCAGUGAGAGCUGUCCUCAAGGAGUAUGCUUACGAGGAUACAUUUGAGCCCCUAUUCCGCGAAUUCAAUGCUACCGUAUUCGGCAAGGAGAAGCUUCAAGACGAAGACUAUGAUACUCUGGCUGAUGCUGCUGAUAAGUUCUUCCCUACGCAGGCUCGUGAGCUCAGGGGCAUAUCGGAAGAGUUCGGUACUCAAGGCCAUUACGUGAGCUAUCCUUAUCUCUCGGCUUGGUUGUAUGCAAUUGAGAUGGAGCACAUCGAAUAUCCUGAUUCAUCAAGCACUACUGCCGAAGACAAUAACGAGUGCACUGCCCUCUUGGUCGCUGAUUGUGAAGGCAAUGUUGUUCAGGGACGUAACAUGGAUCGUCCCCCAGCGUAUACCCCCUACGCCAGGCCAGUCACUCUUAACUUCGAUGUCGUCAACAACUCGAACGGCAACGGUGAGGUACACGAGCCUGCAUAUUUGAACAAUCAGACUGGUGAUUACAGCGAGGCCGAUAAUUGGUAUUUGGUGCAGACCAACUACGAUCGCUGGGAGGCCGAUCCGAUUUCUGAUCCUAGACGUACUGUUGCUGAGAACUGUGUGAAGGAGCAUGGUAAGACUAAUGAUAUAAAGUCUACCUGGGAUGUUGUCAUGGAUUGCUCCUUUUUAAGCGGAGUCUCUACGAAUCACACUAUUUAUACCUCCAUUAUGGAUCCCACAUAUGGUGACUUCUCCACCUAUAUUCGUUAUGAUGCUGAUGAUGCUUGGAACAAGAACCAUCAGUGA